AUCAUCCGUCUACAUUUCCGGUCCUAUUGAUGAGGGUCCGAUCAUUGUUUUUCACGAGUCCGUAUAGAUACAGUAAUGUUCUCAAAAAUGACAUAGAAAGUAACUUAUUCUAUACAAAAGUACAGCAUGGAAGCCGCCGAUGUGUUCCUCCCGGUUAUCGCCUGGUGCAGAACGAGGCAGUCCCAGGACAGCCAGGCCGAGGCUCGGCGACAGAAGCGCCGCCUGAAGCUGCUCGCAGUUCAGCGGCUGCGCCUCAAGAAGCUCCGCGAAACAUGGAGGCUGAGAGAGAAAGUCUACAAACAGAGUAAACUGCGUCGCCUCUGUUCUCAUGACACAUGGAUGAAAGCGAUAACACAUCAGUUCUUGAGGGAUCACAGACGAAAAAGACCCAAAGUGUGGCUUCACCCUCGGACCAGCGACUGGUGGGAGAACACAGCAGCUACUUUCACAGAUCAAGAGUGGCUGCAGCAUUUUAGAGUAUCGAGAGAGACCUUCUCCUACCUCUGCGCGACGUUAAAUCCAAAGUUGAGGAGGCAGGACACCAAUUAUCGCCUCUGCAUCCCCUUAGAGAAGAGAGUGGCGUUGACUCUCUAUAAAUUGGCCCACCCCUGUGACUACAGAACUGUGGCAGAUCUCUUUGCUGUGGGGGUGGCGUCUGUUUGCCACUGUGUGCAUGAGUUUUGCACAGUGGUCAUUGAAGUGCUUAAACCGCAGCUUGUUGUGACGCCCAACAAAUUUCAACUUGACAACAUUGAAGAAUGUUUCCAUCACACAUAUCAGAUUCCUCAGUGUAUUGGAGUACUUGACAGCAUGAACAUCACCAUCAGCAGACCGCCACAUCUCAACUCUGAGAAACCUGAUGGAGACAGUUAUCUUGCUAUCUUAUUUCAAGCAGUUGUUGAUGACAAAGGCCUGUUCUGGGACCUGAGCAUGAGCUGCCCAACGUGGGUGAAUGAUAACAGUGGAGAGUUAUUGGUAUGUGAGGAUUUCUCCACCAGGAUGCACAAUGUCUGUAGAACUGACAGUAGCUGUGUUGUUAUUGGUGAUGCUGGAUAUCCUUCUAAAAACUGGCUUCUCAAACCAAGCACCAAUGUAAGCUGGCUGACUGCAGAGCAAGAGCUGCUUAACACUCAGAUUAUUGCAGCGCGCAGUGUGGCCCAUUAUGCUUUUGAGAGGCUGAAGGGUAGGUGGAGGUGCCUGAGCAGACGAAAUGACUGCAAUGUGGAGAUUGUCAAGGACAUGGUAGAGACAUGUUGUGUGCUUCAUAAUCUCUGCGAGAAAAACAACGAUAUGUGCCUUCCAGACUGGAUCGGUCAAGAGCCACUUCAGACUGUUGAUGAAAACCCUCAAAAGAAUAGUGAGUCAUUCGAUGAUUUGCUGCAGCUGAUACAGGACAGUGCAGAAUAAUCUCCUCACAUUUGACUACCCACCCUUACAUCAACAAAGGUGGCCAUCAUUUUCCAUGCAUAUCUGAGUUGUUGGAUAUGUCUUUAUUUCAGUCAAUUAAAGACAACUUUUUAUUGACUGUUAACUUUGUAUACCUUUGCCAGAGAGAGAUUGUAUAAACCACAAAUAAAUGUCUUCAUACAUA